AUCGGUGGAGGCUGUAAUAUGACUGUCGUUCGCGCAGAACUAGUGGUCGACAACAUGGUUGUGAGAAACGAGACUGGAAACUGCCUGGAGACAAUGAAUCUUAGCAGCUGGGACGUCCAAGACUUUAUUGGUAAACAUGCUCGAGUCAGGCUCAUUGAUGUCAGCUCUGACGGGUGGGGUCACAUUAACUUUGAUGAUCUCAAAGAUGACAUUGUUUGUGAUAAGGUUGAGGAUUGAAUGCUAUAUUCUACUAAGCGAGUAGCGCUUAUUAAUUAACCGAUCGGUCCACGCGACUUUGAGCGCUUUGCGCAUAAUCCCGAAGUCUAGCAUUUUAAGUCCUCCAUGUUUUUUUUAUUUUUUUUUAUUUUACUAAUAACGGGACUUCUUUCCACUUUUGCUGGUUUACCUUCCCAUAUAAGAUUGUUGGAUAUCCUGUCGAUUUCUUUCACAAAAUGCCUGUUGAUAGUGAGUAAAGAUGCACUGUAAAUAAACUUAGACAAAACUAAAGUUUUAUCAAUGUUUAUUCUUCCCAGUAGAGUGAGUUCGCUCUCUCGGUUUCCAGCCAAUGAGAUUUUUUCUAGGUUGUUAAUAUUUCCCUCAAAAAUUUAGUUUGUCUGCAUGUUUAAUGUUAUCAUAUGAGAAAUAAAUGCCGAGAGCGCAGGUUGGAUGUUAUAUUGAACAAAGAUUUGAACGCAAAAUCGCUUCUCUAAGUCAGUAUCUCUUAAUUUGCAAGCUUUGAAUCAUUGCAAUUACAUUGUUCAUGGUGGUAAACUGCUUUACUCUACAAAUAAUAAUAAUUUAGAAACCUAUAACUGGUACAGUUGAGGUGGUGCAGGAGCCAGCUUAUAAUGAGAUCACCGGCGAGAUGAUUAGAGAAGCGGCACUAAGAACUAAAGGCACUGGAGGUCCCUGGAAUGUAGAUGCAAUUGUUUUUCAAAGGAUCCUUUGCUAGCAAGUCAUUCAAGAAGUCUGGCCCUAAUUUGUGCGACGCUCUCGCAACUCUGACCCGCCGAUUGUGUACAGAAUACAUUGACUCCGCAACUAUUCAGCCGAUUCUAACGAGUCGUCUUAUCCUGCUGAAUAGGUGUAACGGUCAGUCAAUAGGAGUGGGCGAAGUAAUUAGAAGAAUUAUUGGAAAGUGCGUGACAAAGGUGACGAAACAAGGUAUACUAGAGUCGAGUGGCUCGCUUCAGGUUUGCGCUGGACACAAAUCCCGGAGUGAGGCAACAGUGCACGCAAUGAACAGUUUAUUCCAGCACCAGGAAACCGAUGCAGUGCUGCUGGUGGAUGCGUCAAACGCCUUCAUUACACUAAACCGAGUCCCCGUCCUUCAUAAUAUUAGGGUUCUUUGUCCAGCGUUAGCUACAUUUGCGAUCAAUACCUACCAAGAUCAAGCACGACUAUUUGUAACGGGGGUUAAAGAGCUCAUUUCUGCGGAGGGUACUACGCAAGGCGAUCCCUUAGCAAUGUGUAUGUAUGCCCUCAGUCUACAGCCGCUCAUUUCUCGUCUACAGGCAGCGAAUCAAGCCAAACAAUGCUGGUUUGCAGGUGAUGCGACAGGGUGUGGAUCACUACAGAACAUCAGGGUGUGGUGGGACGAGCUGACUAUGGCUGGACCGGACUUAGGAUGCUAUCCUAAUGCUGGAAACGCCGGCUUGUUGAUAAGGAGGAGACCGCUAAGAGCAUCUUUGAAGAAACAGCAAUUAACAUCACCACAGAAGUACGGAAGCAUCAGAGUGCGGCGCUGGGUUCCAGGUCCUAUCUUGAGCAGUACGUUAACGGUAAAGUCGAAGAAUGGGUGGGGCAGGUGACAAAAUUGGCUGACCUUGCUCUGUCGCAGCCCCAGGUUUGCUACGCAGCGUUCACUUUUGGAUUAAAGCACCGCUGGACGUACUUUCUCAGAACUCUGCCUGAUAUAGAAGAUCCACUUGCACCUCUGGAGAGGGCAAUAGCUGAUGCCCUAACACCGUCCAUUACAGGUCACAAUUAUUGUACACAAGCUGAAUGUGAGCUGCAGGCGCUGCCAGUGAGAAUGGAAUGGGAGGCAUGGGACUAAUAAAGCCGAGCCAAACAGCAGCCUUAGAGUAUGCAGCAUCAGCUAAUAUCUCUGGUCCACUAACCCAACAAAAAAAAAUCACGAGCGCUUGAGCCACAGGAGGAAAAUGAAAUACACGCUGUGCAAAGGGAGAUGCGACAAGUGAAGAAUCAGUAUCUGAAGGAAAAACUUGAUGAGGUA